AUGCAAUUCAGCCGAGGUCUGAAACGUUGCAAAGAGACGUUUGCGGCUUUUCCCAUGGUGGAUGAUGAGGAUGAGCCCAAAAGAAAAGGGGAAAUACCUAAGGAGGUCCAAGCGGUGCUGGAGGAGUUCAAAGAUGUGAUGCCCAACAAACUCCCAAGAAGAUUACCACCAGAACGGAACGUGGACCACAAAAUCGAGCUGAUGAUCGAUGUUAUGCCGCCAUCUCGCACGCCCUAUAGGAUGACACAACCCGAGCUAAAGGAGCUACAAAGUUAUUGGCAAGUGAGAAUUGCCAAGGGAGAUGAGCCCAAGACCGCCAUGGUAACCAGGUAUGGAUUGUACGAAUUCCUUGUUAUGCCUUUCGGCCUUACGAAUGCCCUAGCCACGUUUUACACUCUCAUGAACAAUGUUUUCCACCCUUACUUAGAUAAGUUUGUGGCCUUGCGCGAGAAUGAGUUAUACGCAAAGCUGGAAAAGUUCUCAUUCUCCCAAGAUGAGGUGAUGUUCAUGGGUCAUCGUGUGAAGUUCAGGGGUCACCAAUCGUGUAGCCGAUGCACUAAGUCGCAAGGCAGAACUGGCCGCCAUAAGCCAACCCGAGACCAACCCGAGACCAACCCGAGGGAACGCAUACGGGAAGGCCUGGAGAAAGAUCCCAAUGCGCAUGACAUGAUGGAAUUUGCUCGAAGUGGCAAGACCCUAAGGUUUUGGGUCGAAGACGGGUUGCUCCUUACGAAAGGGAAGCAGGUGUUCGUGCCCAAAUGGGGAAGCCUGCGACGUGAUGUUUUGAAGGAGUGUCACAAUUCAAAAUGGGCUGGACACCCCGGAAUGCAUCGCACUAUGGCACUCAUGGAUAAACACAGAGAUUUUCUCAUUUUAUUCCUGUUUCAUUUCCUUCAACCACUUUUCUGGUCAUUCAAGAUAGAUUAUCUUUUGCUGGCUAUACCAGCGUAG